AUGCUUGAAAAUCGCUACUUGGCCUUCAACCUCGAAGACACCGGGCACUCGGAUGCGCCUCGCCACGUUCGGGACGUCCCUAUGGUCGAAGAGAACUAUGCUCCUCCGGGUGCUUCAAACCUCGUGGAUGCUCUUAUGCUGAUGCAACUCAACUGGAGCGAUACUUACAUCGUGCUCGCUUCGGGCGACACGCUUCCCCAAUGCCCUGACGGAUUUGUGCCGGAUUGACUACCCGCUCAAAACUCGGAUGCGUAAUAGUGAGCGACCAGCCUGUCAGUGUCAGCAAACGAGCGCGUCCUCAAGCUUGAUCUUGAGCUCCUCUCGCGGUUGGAAAGUCAAGGGUGCACGCGUGUGAAGCUACAUACGUGCGGUUCUU